AUGGGCUCUCUUCGCUGGGCUCGGAGCUCUCGGCAGCCCUGGAGUAGUGCUGGGUCUCUGUGGGGCUGGGCCCUAUCGAGGCUACACCUAGACUGGACAACAAGGUUGUUUCAGGAGGAUGAAGAGAUGCUGAUUCUGACCCACAGUGAUGAGUUGAACAGAACCUAUGGUGAGGACAACGUUACAAACCAAAAUAACAGAAGCUCUGAUUACACCAAACGAAACAGAACAUUAUUUGGAAGGAACAGCCUGUCUCCGACUGAGCAAGAUAAUCCCAGUAUCCCAGGAUGCACCAGCACAUUGUUGCAGGAGAGUCCAACUUUUAAAGAGACCAGAGCUACUGUAAUCUCCACUGGACCCAGAACCAUCACCAUAACUUCAGCGGUUUCUGCUGCAGACUCCGUUUGGUUCAAAAACAACAAGAGUUAUGGCAAAAGAAGAAGAUCCUCUGAGAUGCGUGCUGACAAAAUAGGAAGCAACGUUGAGAAGAACCCGAGUUUCAACCAGAGUAACAAGAGAGGAUCCUACAGGCUGUUUAGAGGGAAUAUGCAAAAACAGAGACUUUCUGAGGAUGUAGAGAACAAAAAGGAAGGAGCGGAAACUGUGGAGGGAACUUCUCCGUUCUGUGCCAGCCUUGAAGAAGAGAGAGCAAGGAUGAGUUUGGCUAAUCCAGUUCAGAGCCCCAGAACCGGCACCACUGGUCUUAAGCCUACUCUCACCAUCACCGCCUGGGAGGCUGGCUGGAAUGUCACAAAUGCUAUACAGGGUAUCUUUGUGUUGGGUUUACCCUUCGCUCUGGUCCAGUCAGGUUAUGUGGGUCUAGUUCUGCUGGUUCUGUCAGCCUGGGUGUGUAACCACACAGGGAGCAUCCUGGUGGCUUGUCUAUAUGAAGAUGAACAAAGUGGAGGCUCGGUGUCAAAGGUCAGAGUCCGACACAGCUACCAGGACGUAAUGGAGGCCUGCUGCAAAGGACUGUGGCCCAACUGGCCUGGACUGGGAGGGUGGAUGGUGAAUGUAUCUCAGGUCAUUGAACUGUUAAUGACGUGCACCCUGUAUCUGGUCGUCUCCACCGGUCUGCUGUCUGACAGUCUAUCAGGGAUGGCUGUUCCUCGAUCAGUGUGUUCUCUGGUGUCUCUGAUGUUCAUGCUGCCCUGCCUGCUGCUGACUGAUCUCAGACCAGUCUCCACCCUCAGCCUGCUGUGCUCCCUGGCUCACAUACUGAUCAGCCUGCUGGUCAUGCUGUACUGUCUGAGUCGAGCCAGCAGCUGGUCCUGGUCCACUUUGUCUCUGUCUGUAGACCCGGAGAACUUCCUCGUCUCUGUGGGCGUCAUCAUCUUCUCCUACACCUCGCAGAUCUUCCUCCCUCCCCUAGAGGGCAGUAUGGAGGACAGAGGGCAGUUCAAUGCCAUGCUGGGUUGGACCCAUGGUGCUGCUUGCAUCAUGAAAACUCUGUUUUCUUUACUGGCCGUGUUAACAUGGGGCGCAGAGACCAGUGAGGUCAUCACAGACAACCUGCCCUCUGACCUCCGACCUCUCGUCAACCUGUGUCUGCUGGCUAAAGCCCUGCUGUCCUACCCUCUGCCAUUCUACUCUGCUGCUGAAAUACUACAAACCUGUCUGCUUGGAGAUGUCCCAUUGAACUCCAAACAUGUCGGCCGAGGUGUGUCUCGUCCGGCCCUGUUGGUCCGCACCGCCUUGCUGAUGACAUCAUACCUACUGGCCCUGCUAGUCCCCAGCUUCUCCUUGUUGAUGGGUUUGACAGGCAGUGUAACCGGGUCAGCCAUGACACUCAUACUGCCAUGCCUGUUUCACCUCAGACUGCAGUGGGGCCGCCUCACUGUGAGGGACCAACUGAUAGAUGUGUGUAUACUGAGUCUAGGGGUCAUCUGUAGUGUGUCUGGUGUGAUUUGUUCAGUGAAAAGACUAGUGGGAGCACUGUAGGAUGGAUG